AUGGCCAAGAUUAAUAGGACUAAUAGCCCCUUACAGAAAAUAAAUACUGGGUUUAAAAAGUAUUAUAUCAUUUUGAUUGCUUGCUUCCUCUUAUUAUUUUGUAAUUAUUUUUAUACUCGACCAAAUUUUGUUGGAGAAGCAACGUUGAAUAAGAUCUUUCCUGAUGAUCGUUUUCUGUUAUCAUUCCUCUUAAUGACUGCUCCGAGACGUGGUGACCCUGAUUUUCUUCUACGUACUAUUGAUUCAUACUUGAACAACUUUCCUGAUAAGCCUGGUGUGAGAUCUCUAUAUAAGCGUACACAAUUGAUUGUAUACACCCAUUUUAGCAAUCAUCCCAUAUUCGACAAAGCAAGGUCAAUAUAUGCAAAUGAUUUAAAAGCUCAAAAUUAUCUUCGAUUCCAUCGAGAAAAAGGUUCUGAGAUUAACCAACGGUUACAUGUAUCUAAGGCCAUAAAAUUUGUGGCUGAAAAUUUUAAAAGUGCUUAUAUUGCCCUUGUGGAAGAUGACUUUCCUUUAUGCGACGGCAAAUGGAAAGAAAUGUUGACAGUUAUAUAUAAUGCCAAUUUACGAGUUCCUCGACAUUGCGGCAUUUUUGUUGGAACGGGUGGAAGUGGCCUCUUUAUGAGAAAUAACAAAGCCCUAGUUGCAUCUGAUCUUCUUUUAAAGGAAGAAUCACGGGAAAUUCCUCCUGACAUUAUUUUGCAAAACUGUCUUAUGGGUAGGGCUAAAGGUUGCGAAGAAUGUACACAGACACUAGUUACAUCAAAGGUUUUAUUGAUGUACCAUAUUGGAUAUAAUACUUCUACAAGCCCAGAUAGAAUAUAUUUGAAAAAAGAUUUCCAAUGUGGCUGGAGACACCCAUUUAAUGGUGAUCCAAGUGUUGUAACACUAUAA